UGCGCCUGGUAAUCUGUGUGCGCCUGAUCGCAUCGUAUUCUUGGAAAGUGAUCACUUUUUGGUGCUGCUCCUUGUUUCAUUUGUGUUUUUUUUUUCUUUGGUCCAAACUACUUUAUACUUGGAUAUUUGCACUGUAUCCGUUCUCUUGACGUUGUACGAAGACUGGUGGGUUGUUGUUAGGUGAGAAGACCGCGUACAUUUGAACGGAGACAGAGAACAGUGGAUUGAUACGUAGUGGCUGACAAGUAUUAUAGCUAUUAGCUUGGCAAAUAUAAGAAAAAACUGUGACUGUUUUGUGAGGAAAGAACCGUGUGAAUCGUGCGAGUGUGCAUGCGCGCGUUGUUCAAGAGUACAACGGAGCUUUUACGUACUACCUUUACGUACAUUUUCACGGACUACUAUGAUGGAAUAUAUGAGUACAAUCGGAGUAGUUUUCGAGUAAUCAGAUCCCUAAGAAGAACAAACCCUGGUGUUAUCUGGUCGCUACCAAUACGUUACUGGAACAAAGUCUUAACCCUGGCUAUGUGAGCUCUGACGACACUACCUGCAAUUAAUAGCUAGCGUCAUCUGGCCCGAAAUGGAACCACCUUUGGCCGAGCAGCAUCAGCAGCUUGUCGCCGAAAAUGUGCACUACGAGGAUUCCAACUCAGUGGAAACGCUGCUGCGACAAGCAACUGCUACUAUUGCGAAAAACAGCUAUGAAGAGAACAACGAACCCAAAGCGCAGCAACCACAGCCGGAAAAUCAUCAGCAGGUCGCAGCAGAAGCAGCUACGAGCAAUGUCUAUUCAUUCCUUGAUGAGUUGGACCAGUUAGGGUCGAGUAACGUGAAAGAAGACGGUUGUGGUGCUGUGGCCACUGCUUGUAAUCGCAAUACUGUUUACGAUAAGGGUGACGAGGCCAGUGUAUGUGAUAUGGGCAGCUACGCGUCGAGAAGCUCCGCUGGCGACGAGGAGCUUAGGUUGGAGGCAAACUCCGAGAACGGCGGCAAGCCUGCGGAGGUCACCGCUUUGGAAACUAAUGGUACCCCCACCGUCCCAGGUACCGAAACGACAAGUGACCACAGCCAAGCAGCCAGCACAUCCUCGGCAAGGCGAAGGCCAACUUCGGACUUUCAGCCACUCGGCUCCGAAGUCUCCGCCGAGGUGGCCCAGCAAUUGAAGAAGGACGUGCGAAGGCUGUCCCCGGUCCACGUGAGCCAACGCGAGCGCACCCUCGGCGAAAUAUCGCUAUUCUCGUCGCCUCUCUUGGACGCUCUCGGCGAGACCGAACCCGAGUCCGCCCCGGUGGACAAGUGCGCGAGUGUCGCCGUCGUUGCCGAGGACAUCGAAAAGAGUAGCGCCACGGACACAGUACUGCGGGAGCGGGUCUCUAGUGUCGCUGACGAUUGCAGUGGUAAUUUCAAUAACGACAUCAACAACAGUGACGGUUUUUCUAGUGGUGGUGUCGGUGGUGCAAUUGCCGGGAGUGUUACCGGUGACGGUGAUAACACCAGUGGCGACGCAUCGUCGUCGAGUCGGCGGGAAUUGGUCAUACGAUUGUCACGCGUCGACGGAAAAUCACCCUCCAGCGUGGCUUCUCCAACGCCAGCGACGGCCAGCAGCGAGGAAUUCGAGCUCUUGACCGGCGUGAUGGCCGAGAACUCGGACCCAAGCGCACUGGCAGCCGUGCCCCUCGACAGCCCUCCAGCUUGCCCGUUUGGCACGAACCUCGUCCUCGAGCGGUGCAACGCGCCCGGCUACUCGGAGGAGCGCUCGCUCAGUCGGGCGUUCGACUCGGAGCCGUCCACGCCUCGCCCCGGUGCUAUCCUCUCGCCCGACCCGACCACGAUCGUCACGAAGCUCAGCAUCGGCAACGAGAUCGAGUUCUCGAGCUCCGUCGCGGGCACGUCGUCGGCAGGCCGCUCGGUGCAUUGCGGGACGAGCUCGCCGUCGAUUCCGCUGCCCGUUUUCAACGUGGAAGCCGAGGAGAACGAUCUCGACGGCGGGUCCGACAGCUCGGACGUCCUCUCGACGAUCGUGGCCGCGGAAGGCGUCGUUGUGGCCGCGCUCGCCGAGGACGGGCUGAGCCAGGCGAUCAUUUCGAGGCUGGAGCAGGACAGGCCGGUGCCCUUUACCGAGGACUCGGCCGAGAGCCUUACACUCGUCUCGAGGGACGAGGUGCGCUCGGACGGUAGUGACUCCGGCCUCGGCAACGAGAUGGCUGCUGCAGCGCCCGAGAGCGACUCCGAGACGUCCUUUUUGGACAGGAUACCUGACGACAUACUCUUGGACAAGGACAAGAAUUUUGCGUCGGACGUGCCGAAGGCGCCGACACUACCAGAAAAGGCGCCAUCGAAGAGCAGCCUAAAACGUCGACUGACAACGGACUGCCUGGAAGAUAAUGAUGAGCCAUCAUUGAAAAGGCCGAACCUCGACGAGUCGGGCAAUGUCAAAAAUAAACGUAACAUACAAUUCGACGCGGUCACGGUCUACUAUUUCCCCAGGACUCAAGGCUUCACCUGCGUGCCUUCACAGGGUGGUAGCACACUGGGCAUGACGGCAACACACUCGCACGCGGAGCGCUUCUCGCUUACGGAGCACGCGGUGGAGCAGCGCCGGCUGCACCGCGCUCGGCUGGCCCAGUUGCGCCAGGAGCGCGCGGCCACGCUCAUCGCGAACUCAACGGAGUUCGGUGCCUCGAGCUCGGAGGACCCGAGCGACGACACGGACGAGGAGCCCUGCGACUCCUCCGAGGAGCUUGACAUCGAUAGCUACUACUUCCUGCAGCCCGUGCCUGCCUGGCAGAGGAGGGCCCUGCUCAGGUCGGCCGGGGUACGUAGGAUAGAUACCAACGAGAAGGAGGAGUGCAAGGACAUCAGGGCCAGCAGGGAGCAUUGCGGCUGCGCUUGCAAGGGCUACUGCGAUCCCGAGAGCUGUCCCUGCAGUCGAGCCAACGUCAAGUGCCAGGUCGACCGAACAGGUUUUCCGUGCGGUUGUUCGCGGGACGGUUGCGCCAACAGUUCGGGCCGAAUCGAGUUUAAUCCUGUCCGCGUGCGUACGCACUUCAUCCACACACUGAUGCGGCUCGAGCUCGAAAAAAAGCCCCAUCAUCGAGACGAGGAGCACCAGCAGCACCAGCAAGAGAGCCAGCAUCACCAAAACAGUCAACAGCAGAACGGCCGGCUGGGGGCACCGAUGCCCGAUCCGAGCGCCGAUUGCCUUGGUUCUGGUUUUACUGGCCUACACUACGACAGCCAGGACGGUACAACGCGGCCCGAGAGUCUUGAUCUUUACACCAUCAGAGACGACUGCUAUCCGAGCGACGACUGCCUCGGGGAGUCCAGCCAGCAGCAACGCAAGCUCCACAACGAAUUCGCUCAGAGUUUUCAGCACUACGGGCCACAAAACUCGGGACUUACGUUUCAGCAGAACCCUUACGCUGAUUACCAAGGAUAUCAGAGUCUGCCUUCCACGUCUAGGUCCCCCUUUCAGUCGCAGUUCCAGAACCCGAGCUUCUCUCACUACGGCUCGUACGUGCAGGACGCGGGUGCCAGCUCUAAUUCCACCUGCCAUCAGACCGCCCACUCGCUCAUCCAGCAGCACAGCAUGUACGACGCGCCGUUCGCCCAGGACGAGAUGACUGGCUCUCAGUACACGAACUUGACGAAUUCGCUGCAAUCAUCGAUCAACUCCAUGAACAAGCUCGAGCCCUUCGCCGAGAUGCUGUCCGCCGCGAGGUACUCGUACUACGGGGACAUGGUUGAGCAUCAGCAGCAGCAGCAGCAACAGCAGCAGGUCAAUCAUCAUCACCAUCAUCAGCAGGAGCAUCAGCACCACCUACACCAUCACCCUCACCACCAUCAAAGUAUUUACGGGCAAACGAACGGUACUGCCAAAACCGACGUGGACAAGGACGUGCUAAGUGGUGCCACGGGGCAGUCCGAGCAGCUUAACGAUGACGAUGACAAUUGCGAUGAGAAUUUCGGCGAAAUCAUCAAGAAGUCAAUGGUCGAGACUGUGUCUGCCUAAGGUGGAGUAACGCGGGAUACAAAGGCCGAGGAAUCUUGGGACUAAGGAGAGAGCAGUAGCUUUUCGGGGCUGGGCUCUUUCUUUUUUUCUUUUUUUUUUUUUUUUCUUGGGACUACUUGCGUUUAUAUUCGCUUUCCGAUUUUCAGUGCAAUCAUGGAAACACACACUGCCUCGAAGAUAACACCGUUAUCUGCACACGUUACUUCGUUCCUUAUUUAGGAGAAUUUAGGAUAAGAUGAAUUACGAUGAAAACGUGGGUGCUACUUUCGAAAAGCAGGGACUUAGUUUUGUAUAUUUUAUCUUUUUUCUUAUUGACAUAAGAACAUAGUGUACGUUUUAGCCUUUUUUUUUUCUUAAGAUUGCACAACUUUGUGCACGAAAUGUAAUCAAUUGAGGAGUAUUUUCUUUUUUUUUUUACAUGUAUAUACAUAUACAUUUAACCAUUGUACAUAUGAUUUAGUUGCAAAUACAUAUUAAUAUUAAUUUGUUCCUUGUGCAAUCCAUACAAUUAAAGUUAACUGUCGCAAUGACUCUCCUUAGAUUCAAGAAUCCAAGUUGUGCUCAAAAGAACCAUAAUUUGUAAUUGUGAUCCGUCGAUAUAGGAGAAACGAGGCGUAGAGUACUAUCAGAAUUACAGAUCGAUUUUUUUUAAGUCUGUCGAUCAUCGACCGAUGGAAUUUUCAGGUGUAUAGGUGAAGCGUUAAAGAAAAUAGAAAAAAAAAAAAAAAACUGCGAGAGUAUUAUGUAUCGAGCGCGGUAGCCUAGAGAUCUUGAAACAUUACCUUUUGGAUGCAUUGAUUUUAUGUAAUGGUACUUAUACAAAUGUGUAAUAAAAAUUGUGAAUACUGAUGCUGAAUAUUAAAUCAAAGGUAAUGAAAAAAAAUUGUUGAUACUUUGGAGAUAAAGUAAGAUAAUAAGCGUAGGUGAUUCGAAAUGCAAGCAAAAGAAGUUGUUCAAGAUUUUUAGGAGUCGCAAUGGGUUCAUCUGCCUGGGAUGGAUGUUGUUUGCGCCGAUUAUGGUAUUGAUAAAUACUAUAUAUAGCUGAAUGUCGUUCAAAGCGCAAUGACGAAAAAGCCAUUUCAGAAUGUUUUUCGUACAAAAGGGCUAAUUUUCCAAAGGGGAGAAACAUUUCGAAAUAGCGAGCAACUCUAGUUCGCGAAGCGACAAGCGAUUGUCAAUAAUAAUAAAUUUAUUAUAUAUACCUUGAAUAAUGCUAAACAAGAGAUAUUCAACGAGGUUGUGACCAAAAACAUUAUGGGAUCAGCUUAAAAUGCGCAAUUUAUACCUUAAAAAUGUUUGAAAAUGCGAAAAUUACAGAAAUCCGACGCAAACCAGCAAAUCAGUGACUUAAUUGAAAACCAGUUUGUUAAUCCAAUUGUAAAUUAAUUAAAAAUUUUUUUUUUUUCAUUUUCUGUUGCAUUUUUUUUUAAAAAUUGUAAGCAGUUUUAUUUUUUUUUUGUUGAUUAAAAAAUUCGACAAGUAUUUAUAUACUUGUCAAGAGAUAAACACUCAAAUAAAAGGCUUCCAAAAUCCAUUGGUUCUAAUUAGGUUUAUUUCUUUAAUUGGUAAAAUAUUUUUUUUGUUUGAUGAGUAUAUUACAGAAUUUUAAAAAAAUUAGAGGACCAUAGAGACGAAAAGUUUUAUUGACUUUUCGUAUUAUGAUUUAACAAAAAACAUAAACUUGUGACAAAAAGUUUUUAACUAGGCGUUCCGUACGCUACGGCGCAACAACAUUACGUAAUAACCAAAAUAAAUAAAAAUAAUAAGAAUAAUAAUAGUAAAAAUAAUAAUAAAUAUAAAGUCUAAUCGAAAGAUUGAUUGGUUGCCUUGCUUUGUUUAUUUCGAGCACGCCCUUGCUAGUAGUGAGACAAAAAAAAAGUUUUUUGAACGAUACCUAUUUAGCAUCCCGGGUCGUCGAUCGCAAAAAAAAUAAAAAAAUCCUUGAUUAAUCCAAGUAAAUUAAUGAUAUAAGAUAAAAUAAUGAUAUGAUAGUGUUAUAUUUAUACAUACGAUAUUAUAUAUGAAUAUAUAUUAUAUAUAUUUAACAAUGGACGUGUCAGUUCCCGUCGUGUUUUUUCCGACGAAACACUUUCGUUGUACCCUUAUAUAUAUUUUUUUCACUUUAUCUUGUAAACAAGAUAAACCUGCGAUAAAGUUAAUUUAUUCCAUUGGUCAUGGAAUAUGUAAAAAAAAAAACAAUAAUAAUGUCGAAGGUGUUCGACGUUCAAAGCGAUAUAAAUAGUAUGGUUUUGUUCGAUUACGUCGAAAAAAGGUAUGUGAAAGAGAGGAAACGAUUCCGAUCGAUUUUUCUGCGUUGAUGUGCGUUGAUUAUUGUGCGAUCCGAGGGAUGUGACACCUCCAUACGGCAUACAAAUAUAAAAUAAAACAAACAUAUACACUAAA